GUUUAAAUGACUGACUGUCAUUCUUCUCAUUCUCACGUCUCUUCCUGACAGAAGUGACAGAAAUCUCAGAGCUGCUGUUCAACACGACACUUCAGAGGAAGACAAAGACAGAAGUACAAACAUUCAGUGUUGGAGAUCAAACUGUUCAGAUCCAUCAUGGAUGAACCACAAACAUCUGGAGAUGACUGUUCUUUCCCAAGACACAGUUCAGUUCAUCAGAAGAGAUCAGAAGCAGAGUUCAGCUGUGUGUCUGUGAAGAGUGACGUGUCUAUGAUUCAGCCAUUAAAGUUUAACAGUGGAGAUUCACAGCCUGAUCUCAGUUCAGUUCAUCAGAAGAGAUCAGAAGCAGAGUUCAGCUGUGUGUCUGUGAAGAGUGACGUGUCUAUGAUUCAGCCAUUAAAGUUUAACAGUGGAGAUUCACAGCCUGAUCUCAGUUCAGUUCAUCAAAAGAGAUCAGAAGAAGAGUCCAGCUGUGUGUCUGUAAAGAUUGAUGUGUCUAUGGUUUGUCAAGAACAAUUCAAGAGUGGAGAUACACGGCCUGCUCUCAGCCAUGAAGUCCUCAAAACCUUUAGAUCAAAUCUGCUGAAGAAGUUUGCGUGUCUGUAUGAGGGAACAGCGAUGCAGGGAACCCCAACACUGCUGAAUGAGAUCUACACAGAGCUCUACAUCACAGAGAGUGAGAGAGGAGAGAUCAGUAAUGAACAUGAGGUGAGACAGAUUGAGACACAAUCCAGGAGAGAAGCAACAAAGGACACAGCCAUCAAAUGCACUGACAUCUUUAGACCUUUACCUGGACAAGACAAAGCCAUCAGAACUGUGCUGACAAAGGGAGUCGCUGGCAUUGGAAAAACAGUCUCUGUGCAGAAGUUCAUCCUGGACUGGGCUGAAGGGAAAGAGAAUCAGGAUGUCCAGCUCAUAUUUCCACUUCCUUUCAGAGAAAUCAACCUGAUGAAGGACAAAACGCUCAGUCUUUCAAGUCUUCUUAAUUUAUUUUUCAAAGAAACUAAAGAAAUGGAGAUAUUCAGUGAUGAAUAUAAAGUGUUGUUCAUCUUUGAUGGUCUGGAUGAGUGUCGUCUGUCUCUGGACUUUAAGAGUAAAGUGAAACUGUGUAAUAUAUCUGAAUCAGCAUCAGUGGAUGUGCUGCUGAUCAACCUCAUUGUAGGGAAUCUGCUUCCCUCUGCUCUCAUCUGGAUCACCUCCAGACCAGCAGCAGUUGAUCUCGUCCCCUCUGAGUGUGUCCAUCGAGUGACAGAGGUACGAGGCUUCAAUGAGCCACAGAAGGAGGAAUACUUCAGGAAGAGAAUCAGUGAUCAGAGUCUGGCCGAGAGGAUCAUCUCACACCUGAAGUCUUCAAGGAGCCUCUUCAUCAUGUGCCACAUCCCUGUCUUCUGCUGGAUCUCAGCCACUGUUCUGGAGAAGAUGUUGAGUGAAGCAGAGAGUGGAGAGAUUCCCAAGACUCUCACUCAGAUGUACACACACUUCCUGAUCCUUCAGACCAACAUCAAACAUCAGAAGGACUAUGAGAAGAAGGUGACAGAUGAAGAAAUUAUCCUCAAACUGGGGAAACUGGCUUUCCAGCAGCUUGUGAAAGGGAACCUGAUCUUCUAUGAUGAAGACCUGAGAGAGUGUGGCAUUGAUGAGACAGAAGCAUCAGUUUACUCAGGAUUGUGCACUCAGAUCUUCAGAGAAGAGUUGGGCUUGUAUCAGGGGAAAGUCUUCUGCUUUGUUCAUCUGAGCCUUCAGGAACAUCUAGCAGCUCUAUAUGUGCACCUCUCCUUUACAAUGAAGAGGAGAAAUGUGUUUGACCAAACCAAACAGAGUCUUGUGUCUAAGAUUUUUAACCAGAAGAAAUAUAAUUCAUUAUAUGAGCUGCAUCAGAAAGGUUUAAUAAAGGCCUUAAAGAGUAAGAAUGGUGAGCUGGAUCUUUUCUUGCGUUUUCUUCUGGGUCUCUCAGUGGAGUCCAAUCAGACUCUCUUACGAAAAUUACUGACACAGACAGGAAGCUGCUCCUUCAAAAAAGAUGAAACAGUUCAGUUCAUCAAGCAGAAGAUCAGAGAGAAUCACUCUCCACAAAAAUCCAUCAAUCUGUUUCACUGUCUGAAUGAACUGGGUGAUGAUUCACUGAUGCAGGAGAUCCAAUUUUAUCUGAAAUCUGGAGAAAUAAGAGAAACCAAACUCUCCUCUUCACAGUGGUCAGCUCUGGUUUAUGUAUUGCUGUCAUCAGAGAAGAAGAUUGAUGUGUUUGAUCUCAAACAGUUUAUUGGAGCACAACACACAGCAGAUGAAGUUCUUCAGAAUCUGUUUCCUGUGGUUAAAGAAUCCAGAUCAGUUCGGCUAUGUGGAUGUAAUCUCACUGCUCAAUCUUGUGGAAGUUUGUCUUUAGCUCUACAGUCCUCAAAAUCAAACAUACUGAGAGAGCUGGACCUGAGUAACAAUGACCUGCAGGAUUCUGGAGUGAAGCUGCUUUCAGAUGGACUGAAGAGUGCAAACUGUCAGCUGGAGAUUCUGAUGCUAUGUGGAUGUAAUCUCACUGCUCAUACUUGUGGAAGUUUGUCUUCAGCUCUACAAUCCUCAAACUCAAACAUCCUGAGAGAGCUGGACCUGAGUAACAAUGACCUGAAGGAUUUUGGAGUGAAGCUUCUUUCUGAUGGACUGAAGAGCCCAAACUGUAAGCUGGAGAUUCUGAGGCUUUGUGGAUGUAAUCUCACUGCUCAGUCUUGUGGAAGUUUGUCUUCAGCUCUACAAUCCUCAAACUCAAACAUCCUGAGAGAGCUCGACCUGAGUACCAAUGACCUGAAGGAUUCUGGAGUAAAGCUUCUUUCUGAUGGACUGAAGAGUCCAAACUGUCAGCUGGAGAUUCUGAAAUUGUCUGGCUGUAUGGUGACAGAGGAAGGCUGUGGUUUUGUGUCUUCAGCUCUGAGUUCAAACCCUACACACCUGAGAGAACUUGAUCUGAGCUACAAUCACCCGGGAGAUUCAGGAGUCAAGCUUCUCUCUGGAAAACUGGAGGACUCAAACUGCUCAUUGGACAAACUGAAUGUGUAUCAUGGAGGAGAAUCCAGGAUUACAGCAGGACUAAAUAAAUAUGCCUGUUUUCUCACACUGGAUCCAAACACAGCACACACUGAUCUUAGUCUGUCUGAGAAUAACAGAGAGGUGACAGGUGUGGAAGAGAAACAGCCUUAUCCUGAUCAUCCAGAGAGAUUUGAUGUGUGUCAGGUGUUGUGUAGAGAGAGUGUGUGUGGACGGUGUUACUGGGAGAUUGAGUGGAGUGGAUAUAAUGGUGUGUGUAUAUCAGUGUCAUAUAAGAGCAUCAGCAGGAAGGGAGCUGGUGAUAUGUGUUGGUUUGGAUAUAAUGAUCAGUCUUGGAGUUUGACCUGCUCUUCCUCCAGUUUCUCAUUCAGAUUUAAUAACAUAAAGACUAAUCUCCCUGUGAAGUCCAUCAGCAGGAGAAUAGGAGUGUAUGAUAAUGAUUAUAUCAGUAGAAUAGGAGUGUAUGUGGAUCACAGAGCAGGAACUCUGUCCUUCUACAGCGUCUCUGACACAAUGAGCCUCAUCCAUACAGUCCAGACCACAUUCACUCAGCCGCUCUAUCCUGGGUUUGGUGUUUAUUAUGAAUCAUCAGUGAAACUGUGUUGAUGAAUCAGAGACUGAUGAGAGAUUCUACCCAUAAUGCUUUGAGCUGCAUGAUAAAUCAGUGAUAUGAAUCUAUUUAUGACAUUAAUACUCAUUGAACAUUCCAACAUCUGGCAUGAAGCAUUAUUAACCAUUACCCCUCUGUAAAAAAGUAGGGCAUCUGCAAUGGCUGGAAAGUCAAAAUCAGAGAACCAUGUAAGCCCCACAACACAGAGAUAACUGUUAACUUAUAUAAAAAUGGCACAGUCAUGGUACAGGGAAAUUUUAAAACAUUCCAGACUGACUACAGUGCAAUGAUGAAACAAGAAAAAGCCCUAUUAUCUAAAUAUCUAUCAUCUGAGCAGAAUACACAGAGCAGUAGCCCAGAUCUCAAGCCCAUGCCUGCAGAGAGCCCGGCCCAGCACCCUUCAUCUCCCCUGCUCAAAUCUAUACCUGUACUCCAGGAGCACUUCACAAGGCUGGAGAUGGUGCAGCUCUGAGAAACCGUACUCAGACAGGACCAUCACCCCGAACUCGGGCAAAACUCAAGAGCACAUUACACAGAGACUGCCAGCCCUCACACAGCAACUCAAAUGUUUACAGACAGAGAAGGACAGUUAUCAGAAAGAGCUGGCCACACUGAGACUCCAGAUACAGGAAAGAGAGCAUCUCACACUAGAGAUGAGGCAGACACUUAGAGAGAUACAGGAGGAGAGAGAGCAGCAGCACAGUGAGAUCCAGGCCCUGAAAGAGCAGGUGAGAGAGCUGCUCCUGACCAGACAAGAACUAGAGCAGAUUCACAGAGCUCAAACACUGCCCUCCAGCCCAGAGACACCUGACCCAGAACAUUCACAGUCACCACAGCGCCUCCGGUCAAUCACAACACCAGCAGCACCCAUCUAACAGCAGCCCAGCACCCACCAGCACACAACUGACAGAAAUAGCCCUGCUCAUCGAUUCAAAUGGGAAAUUCAUUGACAAAGAAACUCUUCCCCUGAAACAGAGCUGUGAAACACUGGUGUCCCAACACAGACAAAGCCCUGGAGCUUCUGACAGAAUCUCAGCUUGGCCGUCCCAGCUACAUCAUCAUCCACAAGGGCACCAAUGACCUGCGGAGCCAGCAGGACAGAGUGUCCGAUUCCCUCAGAGCUGUUGUGGACAAAGCAAGACACACUUUCCCCAACUCAAAAAUCAUCCUCUCCACUCUGCUUCAGAGAAAAGACUUCCAUCCAAACACAAUCAAUAAGAUAAAUGCUCACAUCUCCAGACACUGCCCUUGUACCUAAUGUCUACUUGGCACACCACCCAGACUUAAGCGAAGACCGUCUAUACGAUCAUGUCCGCCUAUAUAUAAAAAUCUAGUACAUAUCCUGGCAAAAAGACGUCACUCUAAACAGGACAAAAACCAGACCAGCCCCAGGUGGAGCAGAACCAGCCCUAACCCAGCCAAACCAGCAACACAAAGCUCAAGAGAGAGCAUCCCAGCCAGCACUUUAUCUAGAGUGUUCCGACAGACAGAGGCUGCUCCACAGAAACUUGCUGUGUCGCUAUCACAAUCUAUAGACUGAGGCACCUAUAUUUGAAUGCCAGCUCUCCAGGCCAACAAAUACACAAACUCUUAAAUGCAUACAAACAUACAUGUGACUAACCACGGAAAGUAGGGACACAAGUCGGUUCUGGGGCAUUUUGAGUCAUUCACAGAUUCUGAAAGUGUAGUUUGUCAGUAAUUUAUCUU